ACGUCGCUGGCGGCUCACCAAGGUCGAGUAAGUGAGUACCCCAUACGCCCAAUUCGAUAGUGAGUGAGUGAGUGUUGCACGUUACCGCCAUAGCGCUGGCCUUGACCGCUCCAUACUCAGCCACGAGCCGUGUCGGGGCCUCUGGUGAGAGACAGCCAGGCCUGGAAUGGCUUCGUGGAGACGGAGCCGCAGUGGGCGUGGGAAAACGAGUGUUUGUUACUUCGUAAUCUCUGGCCUGCCAGUGCUAGGCCAGUGCUAGGCCAGUGCCCCUUCUGUACUGAACACUCUGUACUGAACACUCUGUAGAGCAGUGUUUGCUCAGUCCAUGUCACAACAUGCUCCGUCGCUCCCCUGAGCCCCGGUUGAGAUGCCCUGAAAAAGGCCGGCAGACAGCCAGUCAAAAUGCUCAUCCAUGGCUGUAAUUUACCUCGCGGCUCCACCUGCUGCAGGCCAAGUUCCCCAGCACAAGAAGCACGCGCAAGAAGAUCCAAGAAGGGACCCCUAUCGCUUGCUCGCCCCCUGUCCGCCGUUAGUACUUGACAUGCACUUCCCCAUCGUCUCUUCACCUUCUUCUUCUUCUCCUCGUCGAUGUUGUGAUCGUCUUGUUACUCCCCCAUCACCACCGCUUCACUCUUUCAGCGGGCACUCGUUUCCAAACGUCCCUCGACCUCCACCCUAAGAGCCUAAUAUCUUACCGCGACCACUACAUCACGCCCCUAUAAUCUUAAAAGGACAGACUCAUCAUGAAGACCACCAUUCUUGCACUGGCCGCGGCGAUUGCAGGUGGUGCGAAUGCGCGCGAUAGCCAUGCUGGACGCCGACACGCCCAUAUGGCUCGCCACCUUGCAUCCGGUGCCCUGGUGACUGGUCUUGUUGCGGAACCAACCUGUGGAUGCACCACCAUCUACAAGACCAUUACUGGAGAACCUAUGCGUACGUCUAUGGUUCCCGAGUGGUGAGAUAUCGUCAAAAUAAGACGUCCCUAACAUUCGAAAUAGUCUACAACCCACCUGCUCCAGCAACCUCCGCACCUCCUCCAUCCUCAACCCCUGCUGUUCAGGUCGCCUCUGUUGAGCCAACACCAAUCCCAUCUCCAAGCCCAAUUCUAUCUCCUACACCAUCUGUUGUCAUUCCAAUCAGCACGAAGACCCCAGAGAUUCCAGUUCCAACUCCUUUCCAAACCCCAGUUGAAGGCCCAGGAACAUACACUAUCCCACCUACUACUCUUACCGUCACGGCCACCACGACCGUGUGUGGUGCUGAGACCACCUCCCUUCCAGCUGGAAACCAGACCUAUGGAGGCAUCACGUAAGUAUUUUCCAAUCCCUAGAAGCUAUGAUAUUUGGGGAUGUUGGGACAAAACAUUUCUCGCGUUAAAUAUUCCUCGGAGAGGAUAAACCAUUGCCACGAGUCCACGCUAACUUCAAAUUGAUAUACAGAACCAGCGUAGUGACUGCCACCACUAUCGUUUGCCCAGUUCCUGUCAUUAACACCAACGACGGUGUCGUAAGUACCCCUCUUUGAUAAUGAAUUCAAGAAAGAAGAAGAAAACUAACCAUUAUUCUUCAAGGUGACUUCAACCGUUGAACUGACAACCUUCCUCUGCCCAACGGGUGGAGUUUACACCAUUGCUCCAUUGACAACAUAUUUGCCAGAACCAGCAGUCGUGAUCUUCCCAACUCCAGCAGUUAUUACUCCAGGAGUCUACGUUCGCCCUGAGAUCGUCACCGUCAUUGAUACUCAAACCGUGAUCUUUUGCCCAUUGACUCCAGAGGCACCAACCCCCAGCGCUGCUCCAAGCACAUCUGCUGCCCCAUCUACAACUGCUGCUCCAAGCACAUCUGCUGCCCCAUCUACAACUGCUGCUCCAAGCACAUCUGCUGCCCCAUCUACAACUGCUGAACCAAUCACCACCCCCGCCCCCGCACCACCUGCGCCCGCCCAAGUCACCGAGGUAGCUAAGCCAGAGGCACCAAAAGAAGAGGCUCCAGCCCCAGCUCCAUCAUCAGCUGCUCCUCCCGCAAGCUCUGCUCCAGCAACAACCACCCCAUCGAAGCCUACCGGUAACCUCGGAAGCUCUGGAGGAAACAAAUGGGCCAUCACUUACUCUCCAUACACUGAUGGUGGAGCCUGCAAAGAUGCUGCCGCAGUUGCUGCUGAUAUCGCGGUUAUCAAGGCCGCUGGUUUCCAGGCUGUCCGUAUCUACAGCACCGACUGUUCCGGACUCACCAACGUUGGAAACGCCUGCACCGUUUCUGGACUCCGCAUGAUUCUUGGUGUCUUCAUCAGUGCCACUGGUAUCUCAGGUGCUCAACCUCAAAUUGAUGCUAUUGUCGCAUGGGGCAAGAUGGACUUGGUCGACCUCAUUGUUGUCGGUAACGAGGCUGUAUUCAACGGCUACUGUUCCGCCACUGCUCUUGCUGAGUUCAUCACCUCUAGCAAGACCAGGUUCGUUGCUGGUGGAUACCACGGAUUGGUCACCACCACUGAGACCCUCAACAUCUGGCAAACCAACACCGCUGCUCUUUGCGAUGCCGUGGAUGUCGUUGGUGCUAACAUCCAUCCUUUCUUCAACGCCGACGUCACCGCUGAAAACGCCGGUCCUUUCACCCUUUCUCAAUUGAAGAUUGUCGAUGGUAUGUGCCCAGGAAAGAAGGGUAUUAACUUGGAGACUGGAUGGCCAUCUGCCGGAAAAUGCAAUGGAAAGGCUUGCCCUGGUCCUGAGAACCAAGCCAUUGCUCUCAAGUCCAUCACCGAGUCCUGCGGAUCUCAAUCCGUCAUGUUCUCGUAUAUCGAUGAGCCAUGGAAGCCAGCUGGUGAGUUUGGAGCUGAGCAACAUUGGGGUGCCAUUAAGCACUACGGUUAA